GCAGCCUUAACGUACUAAAACGUAUUGGCGUCUGAUGGCCCUUUCACGCUUCCGUAGAAACAACAUUUAUUACACGAAACUUAUUUUGAAAAUAUUUCUGAAAUGUCUAGGUCUGCAGCUCUCAAAUACGGUUAUAUCUUACAUCUGAGGCAUAUAAUGACACUCAUAGACAACAUCAAAAAUGACAUUUUGAGCGAUUUGAUAAAGUUCCAAAAUUAUCAAUGUACCCUUGGUCCGUUACGGACCCCUGUGGGAUUUGUGUUUAUCCAGAGCUCAAAUACUUUUUCAUAGAUUAAAAGCUGACAUGUUGUACUAAAGCCCAGGUAAUUUCAAUUCGUAAUAAAGUGCUGAAAAUUGGCUCCCCAAUAGCAAAAAAAAAAAAAAAAAGAAGUCCACGCGCAUACAUUUAGACGGGGUGACCCCUGAGCGUGACCCCUGACUAUCUACGAAUCAAAAUGCGGCUUUCGUUUUCAAGUUUAGCAUUUCUACUUUCAUUUUAUUUACUUCCGGAAAUAGCUGAAGGUCGAGUGACGUCAUUUUCUGUGUUGUCAAAAACAUAAAUAUACCUGGCGAAGUUGCAUAAAUAUGUGCUGGCCGUCCUAAGGAUAUAAAAAGAUCGCUGAUUAUUGACUGAUGUUUAACUUAUUGUAGGACAGCUACGAAUACAACUGUACGUUAUCUUUUAUCAGUUUAGCCUAUAUCGAAUAUUUCAGUGUGUUGUAAUGUAGAGAUUACAGCUAAGUAUAUUUUCGAAAAACGCGAAGUGUGACACAAAGUCAAUAAUUAUCACCACAAUAUGGCGGCCAGUAAAGAUCUCACUAAAUCUACAUCGGAGGGAUCCGAGGAGAUGUUCGAUAUAUGUUGUUCCUCUUGCAAUAACAUGGAACAACAAUAGAGGCAAAGAAAUUUUGUAUCGAUUGUGGACUGUAUUUCUGUGAAAAUUGUUUGGGAUUUCAUGAAAUAAUCCCGUCAUUACAGUCUCAUCAGAUUGUCGAUUCUCAAGGAGAACAAAGUCAAGGCAAAGGUAAGAAGGUGGAGUUGCCAACAGAAAGAUGUUCCACACAUCACGGAAAGUUGAUGGAUAUGUUCUGUGGUGAUCACGACGAAGUAUGUUGUGGAGCUUGUAUUGCUAUUAAACACAGAGCAUGCAUCAAAGUUGAUUACGUACCCAAUGUUGCCAAAGGUAUAAGAAUGAGCAACGAGUAUAAAGAUGUCAAAGGUUCUAUCACUGAGGUACUGAAUAACAUGAAACAGGAGAAAACUAGAAGGACAACCAACCUUACAAUUCUUGAAGAGGAGAAAAUCAAGGUACUGCAAGAGGUAGACCAAUAUCAAGAGGAGAUAGUUCUGAAAAUAAAGGAGCUAGCUGAAUCUUCAAGACAGGAUAUCCGAUCAAAAUAUGAAAAAAAGGUCAUCACCGCUGACGUGAAUACUUUAGAUACAUUGAUUUCAACUACAGAUACAAACUUGCAGAAGCUUUCAAUCAUGAAUGAAGCCCAACUGUUUGUUAAUGUCAAAGUCAGUAAAAUGGCAGUUAAAGAUGGUGAUUCUGUUUUGAGGGAGAUGUCUUCAAGCUGGACAAAUAAACAUUUGAAAUAUUCUCGUGAUGAAAAGCUCAAAGAUAGGAUUUCUAGUAUGGUAUCUUUCGGAAAUCUUGAAGACGAGGAAGAUGUUAAAGAAUACAAAGCAACGUUGUAUGGAAAAUUUAAUGUCAAGCAGAAUACUGACUCUUCGCCAUUUGCCAUUACCGGGAUAUGCCCUUUACAAGAUGGUUCUGUUCUGCUCGCAGACAAUUCCAAUAAGAAUUUAAAGCGAUUAGAUAGUAGCUAUAUGAUUAAAGAGUCUAUACCGCUUGACAGCCAUCCCAUUGGAAUUUGCAGUGUCGGGAAAAAGGAAGUUGCCGUUUGCCUGUAUAAUAUUGGUAAGAUACAGUUUGUGUCAGUUGAAAAUGACUUGAAAUUGACGUCCACCAUUUCCGUAGAUACAAUAUGCCAUGGGAUUUCCGAUAGGGAGACAAAUGAUGAAAUGUAUGCAUGCUGUAGAACAUCUAUUAAUGUGUACAACAGGGCAGGUACUUUGUUAAGGGCGUAUCAUAAGGGUAUCAAUUGGGAACAACUCUUUGCUGGCACACGACAAGUAACUGUCAAUGCUGUGAAUAGUCAGAUCAUUGUUGCAGAUCAGAGCAAAGGGCUGGUAGCUUUGGACUUUCGGGGGACGAAUGAAUGGUUGUUAAGUGAUAAAGAACUGAUUGGUGCUUGGGGACUUUGCAUAUUGCCAAAUGGUAUUAUAUUAGCCAGUGGAAUCUCUUCAAAUAAUGUUCUGCAGGUAGAUAAGACAGGUCGGAAAAUGGGAGUGUUGUUAGGAGCCAUAGAGGGAUUUAACCAGCCAUAUUCACUUCACUUGCUUUUGGUAAACAUGAUUCAAGGCUGAUUGUAGGAUGUAAUUCUGAAGAAAUAUUUGUUUAUACACUUUCUAGAAAAUAGUCAAAGAAAUAGAAAAUGUAGUAUCAUAUUUGUAAACAGGCACAGCAUUGUUUAAAAUUGUGUUAUUUUAAUCGUUCUAGAGGAACAUUAAAGCCUGGUUUAACUUCACACACACACACACACACACACACACACACACACACACACACACACGCUCGCACGAACGCGCACACAAAAAGUGUUAAAUGGACAAGAACAUGAAAUGCUGCAUAAUUCAGUGUCUCUACGUGUGUGACAAAGACCGAAGAUACGCAGCAAACCGAUGUUGUUUAGUGUGAGAACAUUUUCAUGAGUGUUUGUGUAUUUGAUUUGGAAAUUGUUGCGAAUGUUUGUGUUAGACAUGAUUUUAUUUGGAAUUAUCGUGUAUUAUUAUUUACAUUAUUCAAAUUUG